CUCACCCCCCCCCCUCUCAUUCCAUCCGCAUUAUACCACCAAAUCCUGCUACUUCUCUCUGUUUUUUUGCUAAAAUCGUAUUUUGAAGACAACCAAAAGUGGAACAUUUUCUGGGAGUGGCUGAGUGUGCCUCACACUCCAGCCAAAGUAGAGGACCAGCCAAAGGGGGAAGAGACAGCGUCUGCAGCCGAAGAGAGUGGAGAUCGUGGACAACAGGAUGAUGACUUUUGGAUCCCGUGCACUGCUGUGCAUCAUAGCCCUCUCUGUCCUCCCAGCUGACUGGUUUCUACCGAUGGUCAACUGUCAAGAAGACCCAACAAUUGUGCCUGACAUACAACCUGUCACUGAUGACUUGGGUCUGCCUGAUACUGAAGUUCCAGCUGCCAUUGUAAACACAACAGAGAUACCAGAAUGCCGUGAGGAGCAGUUCCCUUGCACACGCCUGUACUCCGUUCACAAACCUGUGAAACAGUGUAUCAGUUACCUGUGUGUUACCAGUGUGCGUCGCAUGUACAUAAUAAACAAGGAGGUGUGCUCUCGUGUGGUCUGCAAGGAGGAUGAAUUCAUGCAGGAUGAGAUCUGCCGCCAGCUGGCUGGCCUCCCCCCUCGACGCAUCCGCCGCUCCGGUCAGCCCCGAGGCCCUCCCUGCAGAUGGGGCCAGAACAAGGAGCUGAAUAAGCCUGAUGCUCUGUGAGCUACAAACAGUAGGAGAGAGAGAGGGGGAAAGGGAAGAGGAGAAUCAUUGUCAACCCAUCAUCUACAACCCCAAACAAGUCCUACUGGCCCUCCUGCAACAACAGCUCCCCCCACCCCACCCUUCAGGUGGUGCAGUGCAUGGGGUCCUCUCUGUUAGUGGCUGCUGUCUCCUCUAACGGGUGCUCAUGUUUUUUAUCCCAAACUUGAUCUCGCAGGCCGUGAUCAGCCUAGUUCCUGCACUGCUCCAUCUCUUGCUCUCCCUCCCUCCUCCCCCCACCCCCCAAGAGAGAGAGGAGGGUGGGGACAGAAUAUAGGUCUCCUACAAUUCACAAACCUUUAGGGAGGCCCAGGCCUGGUCACCACAGCACUCCUUGGAUGGAGCAAACCUGAUUGUCCUGCAUGACUACACAACUCACUAAAUCCUAGGAUGCUGGGCCCAGCCCCUGCAGCUCUUCCAGCCCCCAAUGAUCUAGGAUCCUCAGGACCAGUACUCUGGUAACAUUUCAAGAGAGGUCAGGAGUAGGAAUCAAAUCCGGGUUUCUUGCAUGGCAUCAGAGUGAAAGUCCUUAGAGUAUCCCAUCCCAGUCUCAGGGGACUGAGACAGCAGUUUACUACCUGGCAGCCUAGCGUUAGUCCCUAGGAGACUCCAUGCCCCAUCUCGACACUGCUCAGUGCCAGAGAAAUGACAAGUGUGGGACUGAGAAUUAAACCUUGACAACUCCCAGCUACAAUUCAAGACAAGUCUCAUAGGCCCUGCCAGCAGUAAUUCAUUUAUAACCAGCUCUGGGAAGCUUUGAAUCCCUUUGUUACAAGCCAUCUGCUUCGGUCAUAGGAACAGUAGCCAAUGAAGAAUCUUUGCUUAGCAGAGCAAUCUAUUUUCACAAUACAAACAUAAGAUUUAUUGAGAAGUGUGCCGGUCUUCCUCCUAGCCCACCCUCUCCGCUCCUCCCAGCUCUAUGCCACACCCAGGAGAUCCACAGCGAAGGUAUCACUGCAAACAAUCCAAGCAAAUGCCAGUUAGUUGAGCUCCUGUGCCGGGGAAGGGCAAACGUGAAGAAUGGGUACAUCAUGGAGAUGGGCUGGGAACUUGGUACCUCCUGGUGUGAGGGGCAUGGAACAUUUGGGUCUUUCAGAUAAAGAAUGGGUUUGUCUUGGAUAAUUUGGGGAAGUCGUGGCUCAACCCAGGUUUAUACAUAUGAAAUACAAUGUCACAGCUGCUUUAAAAGUCUCUGUGGAAUUCCUCUCCCACCCCAGCAUCAGGAGCUCUUGCAGCAGGCAGGAAAUGUGUGUUGGGUUGGCACAGGGAAAAAGAGAGGGAAUAAAUUGUUGGGCACUGGCAGGGUGACUCAGCCCUACUUUACAAUGCAAGGGGUUGAGAGCCCCAUGGCCAGAGGAGUGGGCACACAUGCAAAGAUAAGCCAGCUGCGUGGAAGGGAUUUCAUUCCCCUAGCACUAGGCUGUUCCAUUGUGGUCUGGGGUAGAAGUUAGUCAUUUGGGGCAGAGUGGGAGAAGAUUUGUGAAAUAUACUUACAGUGGUGUGGUCACUUAUCCAGCACCCCAUCCCAGCCAGGGGCUGCUUUGCAGGCACCCUGCCCCUAAUUUUUUACAGGUCCCUUAAGCUCCCCCAUCUCUGUUGGGGCUAACACCACUCCUUUCUCAGUCUGGCUUAAUGUCAAACAAAGCUCACACAGACCUCAGAGUCCAUAAUCACAAAAUAACCCAAACAGCCCCCAAUGAGUCCCCACUAUAAAGUCAAAAUUAUCACCUCCCCCACACCCCUCUGGCACAGCCCCCUCACUAACAGCCUCAACCAGAGCCCUACAGGAGCCUGCUGCCUUUUAUAUUAGAAUACCCGAUUCCCCUCAGGUGAGGCUCAUCUCAUCAUCAGGAUUGUUUUAGGCCCAGGCUCUCCAGCUCCUGGGCAAGCCACCCUGUUACAAUACUGAAGGGUCUUAAUCACUAUAGCAGUGCAACUUAACUAUGGCAACAGGGCCAGCUGGGGCCACGCAGUUAGGUAGUUUAUCCCACUACAGCUAGGGGCGGGGAGGAGAGUAGGCAGGGCUCAGUCAUUAACAAAGGUAUUGUUCCCAACUAUAAGGGAAGGCCAGUUUGUUUAGUUCCCCACCUCCUGAUAUAUUGGGCAUACUUCCACUUGGUAGGAGCAGCAUUCUGCUAUAUAUGGCCUGGGUGACACAAUAAAGAGGAGAGAGGGCUAGAUACAGGAAGAGUUCUGCUAUAUAAAGGCAAAGUUGCCCUACAUAAAAGCCUCUUCAGAGCGGACAAAUGUCUACUUUGUACAGAGAGAAGCUGUGUUACAUCCUACUUAGGGGAAGAUACCCCAUUGUAGAGGCAGAUUUUUCCUAUGUAGGGGCAGGGAUCUGCUCUACAUGGGCUGAAUUUUUCUCUACAGACCCACUAUAUAGGGGAAUGAGUUCCAAGGUAAACAGGGAGUUUACCCAUCCCUGGGAACUAUAGGGGCAUAGUUCUCCUAUGCAGAAGGCAGAGUUCCUCUAUGUAAAUAGAGACUCACUACAUAGGGAGCAGAGCUUUGCCCUAUGUAGAGGAUGAGUUCAUACAGAGAGCAGAUGCCUGCUACAUUGGGAAGAGGUGAUUUAAAGCUAGGAUCCUGCUCCCAUUGAAGUCAAUGGCAAAAUUCCCAUUGACUUCCAUGGUACAGGAUCAGGGCCUUAAAGAGUCCUGCCAAUUGGAGGAGAGUGGAGAUAAAAAUGUUAGAAGGAAGUGGAAUUAGACCAAGUCUCCUCUCUGAAUAUAGAGUUGAAUGUAAACAUAUAUAGAUAUAUAAAUAUAUUACAUAGUUACUGUACAGUAUAUCUAAAUCUCAUGUUCACACAGUUUGGGGGAAUGCAUUAGAAACCUUUGCUGUUGCUUAAAUCUCACACUGCAUGCAGGGAUUGUAAGUGGAAUUCCCCUGGGAGAACACUGUCUAAACAUUAUAGUCCAUGUAAUGCACACCAAAACAUUAAAAGAAAAUGUUAUUUCUGAUUAGUCUUG